UUAAGUAGCAAAACAUUCCUUGCUUGCUCUAACUCUUAUCAUAUCAUCAUUAACCUCAGUAAUUCCGAGGGAGAACAAAUCAAGAACAGAACUUGGUUAGUUCUCCCACGUUUUGUAUUUCAAUCAAAUUAAUAAUCAUUUAACAUGGGCAACUGUGCUAGCAACCCCAAGACCAACGAGGGUGAUGCCCCGGCACCUGAACCCGCCGUCACUGAGGAGGUUAAGGUUGAGCAGCAAGAGAACACCAAGGCCGAGGAGGAGACUCUAGGCAACUUGCUCAAUGAGAAUGGAGAAACUGAAGCAGUAGCAGAGCAAGGUGAGGCCAAGAAUGAAGAGGAGAAGAAACCCGAGACUGAGGAGGUGCAGGUUGAAGCCAAUGUUGAAGAGAAAUCCGAGACAGAGGAGGCAAAGCCUGAAGAAGAGAAACCCGCUGAUAAUUAAGGCUGAGAAUUGAGAAUGUGCAAACGUUCUUAGUUUCAACCUAAAAAAUGUGCAUUCAAUCUAAUACUACCUCAAUUACAAUAGUGUUUCUUUUCCAAUUUGUGCUCAAAGAUUAUUCAUUAAUUUAUUAAGGAAAUUGAUUAUUUGGAUUUAA